AUGAAUUCCAUGCAGCAAUCCUCUGCUUUGAAAAGUGAGCUUACGAUUAAGGCACUUUAUUUCCUUAUUAAAUCUCUUCUUUGGAUAAUUUCCGCUGUCUCAGAACCACACCCUCUCUUCUCGGCCGCUUCUGCCGGCGUUGUCGCCGUCCUCUACCUUCCUUGUCGCUACCUUUCAAUCUUUUUUUCCCCAGUUCUUCUCUCCACUCUGGGUCUCUUGUUCACCCUACUUCGAUUCGGCUCAGCACCGACGCCUCCGCCGCUGCCUUCAGCCCCUCCCGAAACCGACUCGAAACAAAUGAAAUUAUCACCGGAAGUUGAAAGGCCUCUUCUUUCUUUGACGCAAAACCACGUCUUUUGUAAGCCUUCGCUCGAAUGGGGAGGUUGGGGCUGCCCGCUUAAGACUAUCUACGAAGAAUACGAUUGGGAAGAAGAAGAGACCUACGAACGCUCGCUGGAAUAUUCCGAAUCGCGGUUGCCGGGAUUUGAUGUGCUCGGUUAUUCAUAUUCCGAUAUGGAAGCGGCGGAUUCGCCGGGCAGUAUCUGCUUCCUGUGGGAAGAGGAGGCAGAGGAGCUCAUUGAAAUAGGGGUAGAGGAAGAUAAUAUGUUUGAGAUCGAUCUUUCAGCUUCUGCUUGA